AUUAUACAUUAUCCUAUCCCCAGGCGCAUUAUAGCGAAAAAAAUGAAGCAUCCAGUUUGUGAAGCAAACGAGUCAAGUCCAUUUGGCUCACUGAGUCAAUCCGAGUUUUACUCGCAUCACUCAGUAACUCGUAACUCCGAGUUCAUUACAAAUCCACGUGGCUUAAAACUAUUCACUCAAUGGUGGUCCCCACUUCCACCUGUAAAAAUUACUGGUGUAGUUUGCGUAGUGCACGGAUUCACUGGAGAAUCGAGUUGGUUCGUUCAACUUACAGCAGUUCAUAUAGCGAAACAUGGAUUUGUUGUAUGUGCUAUUGAUCAUCAAGGACAUGGUUAUUCUGAUGGGUUAAUUGCUCAUAUACCUGAUUUGAAUGUUGUUGUUGAUGAUUGUAUUAGCUUCUUUGAUUCCUUCAGGGAUCACCACGCUCCGCCAUCGUUGCCGUCGUUUCUCUACGCGGAGUCGCUUGGCGGUGCUAUCGCGCUACUUAUAACUCUCCGGGAGGGCGAUUCUGCUCCACACAGGCCGUUUGACGGUGUUGUUUUAAAUGGAGCUAUGUGUGGGAUCAGCAAUAAGUUUAAACCGCCGUGGCCUUUGGAAUAUCUACUUGAUAUUGCUGCAGUUUUGAUUCCGACUUGGCCUGUGGUUCCCACUCGCGGCUCGUUGCCUAUGGUUGCAUUCAAGGAGGAGUGGAAGAGGAAGUUGGCAGUAGCAAGUCCAAAGAGGCCAGUUAUGAAACCACGCGCAGCGACGGCGCGUGAGUUGAUGAGAGUAUGCAGGGAGUUACAGGGGAGAUUUGAAGAGGUGAAAGUGCCAUUUCUGAUAGUACACGGCAGUGAUGAUAUCAUCUGCGAUCCUGCGUGCGCAGAGGAGCUAUAUCGUCGAUCGACGAGUAAGGAUAAGACGUUGAAAAUAUAUCCCGGGAUGUGGCACCAGCUCGUUGGUGAACCGGAGGAGAAUGUGGAGAAAGUGUUUGGAGAUGUCGUCGAGUGGCUUAAAACGAGAGCUGAGGGUAAAACCGAUCAGAAGACCACCGUGGAUGGAGGCGCGUGAGGAAGUGGCAAGUGGGAGUUGGUUGGGAAUAUUGUAGUUGAGGAGUGGUUAGAAAUGCAGUAAGUUAGUUAAAGAACAAACAAACAGUGUGAUGUAACUUAAAAGUGCCAGAAAUAAAUUUGUAGAAGCAGUUCAUUUA